CGGAUAUAGUGAAUGCAGGGUCCGAGGAGACCGGAUAUAGUGAAUGCAGGGUCCGGGGGGAGCGGAUAUAGUGAAUGCAGGGUCCGGGGAGACCGGAUAUAGUGAAUGCAGGGGUCCAGGGAGAGCGGAUAUAGUGAAUGCAGGGUUCGGGGAGACUGGAUAUAGUGAAUGCGGGGUCCAGGGAGAGCAGAUAUAGUGAAUGCAGGGUCCGGGGAGACCAGAUAUAGUGAAUGCGGGGUCCGAGGAGACUGGAUAUAGUGAAUGCAGGGUCACAGGAGACCGGAUAUAGUGAAUGCAGGGUCUGGGGAGACCGGAUAUAGUGAAUGCAGGGUCCGGGGGGA